CAGCAACAACAACAACAACAACAACAACAACAACAACAACAACAACAACAACAGCAGCAGCAGCAGCAGUAUCCGGCGCAAUCGGCAACACCGCAUCAGCAACUGCCACCGCAGUUUGGCCAAUACCCGCAGGUGUUCCCGUACCAUGCCAUGUCUCAGCUGCACCCCCAAAGUGUUAUUCGCAGAACCAAUUCGCUGUCGCAUCUCUCUCACCUUGCUCAGCACACAACCGUGACGGAGCCGCGACUGGUCGCUGGCCGGCCCAGAAACGACAGUGCCUCAUCCUUUCGAACGUUGGACGAUAGUGACGAGGAGUCCGAGGAUGACUACAGCAACCAUCCGGUCUUGAGCGGUAUCAACAGUCGACCUGGAUCGUCGUUGAGCAUGAACAACAUGAUGGGUGGAAACCAUGAGACGCCUCUCACGCUCGAUUUUUCAGAUAUGACAUCGCUCUCGGGACCUGGGUCGUACUCGCAUCAGCAGCAGCAACAACAGCAACAUUCGCCGCACCGACAGCAGCAACAUGGGCAGAUACAGCAACAUGGCCAGCCAGCGAACUCGACCUCGAUUCUGUCUUCACUUCAUGGAGCAGGAUCGGUUGUGCCGAUGAAUAUGUCUGGCAUGGGAUCGACUGCAGGCAUGAGAGGUGUUCCAUCGAACACGACAGGGUCAACAGCAGCAGCAGCAGCAGCGGCAGCAGCGGCGGAUCAGAAGAGGAAGCGAAAGCGUCGUGAGAUGCAGCCGGUCAACAAGAUUGUGGAGUCACCGGAGCCCCAUGUGGACCAGUAUCUGUGGAAGAACAAUGGCAACACGACCCAGAAGAAGACGGGAUGUAAGAGUAUUUAUUACAAAUGCUCGAAUAGUGCUGGCGGAUGUACCGUUAAUAAGACGGUAACGGAGAAAGAAGGUGGCGGGUACAUUACAAAGUACCGGGGUGAACAUCUGGAGGAGUGCAUCAAAUUCAAACGGGCCCAACUGGCUGCUCAGGCAGCGCAGGCGGCUCAGAAUGCGUACACUCUACAAAAGGAGCAGUAAAGGAAAAAAAAAAAAAAAAAAGGAAAA